CCCCUUUUGUUUCUACCUCCUUCCCAAAGUUUGAAUUGUUCGAACUGUGAACUAUUAAAUGUUUUUGGAAGAGUAAAAGAGCCGGGAGGGGGAAUGAAGCUUGUUUCUGGUACAGUGGAGUUACUUGGGUCUCUGGAGUCGUGGAGCAUGAGCCAGUUUGAACCUGCUAUUACUGGACUCUUUAGCAAUCACCUGUGAUAUGGAAACUUGCAGCCGAGUUUUCUUCGAAGCACUUACCAUCCAGCACAGGUGCGAGGUGGCAUCUUAAACUUCUUUUAAGUACUUGAAACUAAUUAACAGUGUUACCCUGUUAACAUGUUGGAACGAUGCAGCGCCUCCCUGUGCGAACACUGUAAUCACCGAAUUAAAUCAUAGACUUCCAGAACCCGGCCACUCCUCCUUCAACCCCACGCCCAACUGCCUUUCUUUUCCCUAAAAGAAUUCCCCUGUACUCUCUCAUCGGGAUUUCCUGGUUUAGAAACACACCAGCAGAAUGAAAGAGAUAUUCAUAGACUGCGUGGAGAUGCCUUACAGAUACUUUGAGAUCCAAGGGGGCGGGGUGACUGUUACUGGCAGGUAUGGUGGUAGACUGUGGCCAUCCAGUUUCCAAAGAGCAUCUGAAAAUUCUCCCAAUGCUUUAAGAAAAAUGAAUGGGUCAGGUAGAACAGCCCAAUAGAAUGUGAGAAAAGAGUAGGGGCAACCACUGCUGGGGCUUGGGUGUUGCAAUUUUGGUCUUCCCGGGGUUGGCUAUUCCACGUGAAAGCAUCAGAAUUUGAGGCCUCCAAUUAAAUCUUCUUUAGAAAAAUCUUCAUUUAGAUGAUGAUAAGAUUUAUUUUGUUUGCUUGCUUGCAUGUUUGUUUUAAAGAAAGGGAAAGAGAAUGCAGCCUUGGUAACCUAGGAUUUCAUUUUUAAAUUGUCCUAAUUUUUGUCUACGAGGAAAAUGAAGUCUGCAGAAGAUAAGUUCUCCACGCAUGCCCAUCUUUCUGAUUAAACAUCUAUCCUUGAUCGUAUGGAGCAGAGAAAUAAUAUAUGUGCAUGUAUGCAUAUAUAGAUACAUAUACACACAUAUGUACAAUACGAUUUCCCAUUCCACAGAAAGAGGCAGCCUUCCUGAUAAUCAGGUUGUUUUCAGUCACCACGCUAGGCUUAUCCUUGCGCUGCAGAUUCUGCUCUGUGAUUUUCCCCCUUCUCUUCUGCAAGACGUCCUUGAUGAAGUUAAAUGGCUCUUUGCUCUGAGAUCUAACAUUCUCUUUCAUAGGUAACAUUUUCUUUGCUUUCCUCCAUGCUGAACUGCAGAUAUGCUCUUGGCAGAUGAGGCUUGGGCUCUCCUUAUAUUUCUGAAUCACUUUUUUCCUCUCCCAAACAUUUAGCAUACCGAUUAUGAACAAGAGCACAAAAACCCUGGUAGAUCAAAAGCGUUUGUGUGGGCAGUUGAACAGGAGGUGACUAUUUAACGCUUUUGUUCAUCAAUAACUCUCUGGCUUUGACCUGUCUGAGCAAGUCGUGCAGUAAGGUGAAAUGCAGGUCACAGCGUCUCACAAAUAUGAAAAUGUACGGGAUUUCUCCCAUUGCUGAACCCAUUGGAUACAUCUCUCUCGAUUUGGGGGGAUGAGAUCAAGAACCCUUGUUGUCCAGUGAAAGGGGCAAAAUAUGGACAAUUUGUUUUAUUUUGGAGAUAGCUCUCUAAAAGAGGUAGAGAAGCUCAGUGAGGGGGUGGCAGGAAACUCUCUUCAGCAGCAUUAGGUACAAGGAUCAUCUGCCACCAAAUCCCUAAAGCUGCAAAGCAAAGAGAUUCUAAAGUCAAAUAUUUAGUUGACAAAAAUGAUAUGAGGGUGGAGGGGUGGGAAGGAAUUUCCUCCAAGUAGGAGCUGGAGAAAGAUUACCAGGAGUUGCUUCUUUCUCCUAACCCUUACUCCUUAUCUCCACCCUUGGGCCCGGUGUCUAUCUAUUUCAAAGAUUAAAAAAAGAAAGAAAAAAAAAUCUCAAGCUUAUGAUCCUGUAGAGGGGGAAAAAAAUCCAACCAGGAUGGGCCAUCUUUCUUGCUCUGAAAUCCAUUCUCCUGGGUGUCCUCCUUUCUCUGUUUGAAAACCCGAACAGAGCUGAGGGGUUGAUCCCCGGACAGCAGUGAAGAGUUAAAGCAGGCGCAAUUCAUGAACUUUUGUACUCUUGUGUGCUGCUGUCGCCAAAGCAAAAAUAAUGAAACUUUGUGAUAUGUUUGUAAAUGAUUUUGAAUGACCCCUCACCCUGCCCUUCACCAUAAACGCUACCCCACCAAACCUAAGGACAUUUGCCCGAGCAAAGCAUUCGACCCUAGGUUUACUGCCUGAAGUUGGACAGGAUAAAAGCGAAAAGCUCUCUAAUGACGCGAAGGUAAACGGAACCAGUUGUGUUUUGUUUUGUUUUGUUUUGUUUUGUUUUUCUGGAAACUAACUUUAGCUUUCAAGCCAGCGCUUUAUUUCAGCUAGGGGGAAGGGGCUGCUGGAAGCAUUUCUGUUCCUUCUUAUCUCUCCAGAUAGUGUCUGCUUUCUGAAAAUGUUACUUACUUAGGGAGGCUAUUCCUAUGGCCAGGAGUAGGAGGAAUCUGUCAACUCCAGGAUGGUUAUUAUUAUUAUGAUGAUGAUGAUUACUGUUAUUUUUUUUUUCAUGUAGAAGAGCUCCAAUGGAGCCUUCUAAAUCCCACUCAAGUUUUCCUUCAGGGAGAGAAGGAAGAAUAUCUGAAUUAGUCGCUGUAAAUUGUCCCUACGUCCUAAAGAGUUUUUUCAGCAGUCUAUAGACUACCUGGAUGUCUUCUGAAAGUCCAGAAUUAUUUCAAUGGAGGCGGCAGCCUUUGACCAGUGCAGAAUAGUUUUGAUUUAGUAAGUAGGAUGAAUCAGAAAAAUGCAGUGGUCCUGGCAGAUUACAUUGUAGAUGAGAACAGAAUGUUAUUACGUUGUCUAUAUAUACCCUGUAGAACCGAAUUUGUGUGGUAUUUACAUAGUCACAGAUUCGAUUCUAGGGGAAUAUAUGGUCGAUGCAAAAACUUCACAUUUCUGCAAAUGGUUAAAAGUGUAAAUGUCUGGGGAUCCGAAAUGAAGUGCAUGCUGCUUUAUUGGAGACUUAUCCAAGUCAUGCUAGCUCUGUCUUAUUUACUGACACCUUACGACAUGGGGAAUAUGGAUUGAUGUUGGUGAAUUAUAGAUCAGCUUUAAAAAUCUGUUCACUGUAAAACUGAGUCACAUGGUAGGUCUGGACAACCUGAAAACUGGUUUGAUAAAUUAAUACUUCUGAAAGAGGACACUAAAAGAAAAAAAAAGAGUGAAGAGGUUAGGUGUGAAGAAUUUUCUGGUCACUUUUACUUAUUUAUUUUUUUAGCUCCUGCAUUAUCUGGAAAGUAGCAAGGGAGCUGUGGGCUUGGGUUCACUUCUUCUCAAGGCAGAGGGAUGGUCAGGGGGCAAAAUUUAUAUGAUUAAAUUUGUGAAGCUUUCUUGGGAUGGUGUCACACAGUCUUCGAUUUAACUGCUUGAAACUUCAAUCGUAAAGAAGUGGGGGGCGGGGAUGGGAGAUAACCCGAAGCACAAACAAGAGUCUCCCUGCUUUCUGUGUGAAUUUCUGUAUGGGGACCUGCUAAGUGCAUUCGGAGUUACUGAUUGCCUAAUUUUAUUCAACCGAACUAGAUUCUGGUAACUUUUGGGUGACCCCGGGGAGACAAAGCCAAGACACAUCUAUUGUAUAUCAUAUUCCCCUUCUGUUUGAUGGCUUUUCUUUGGGCGUGGAGUCUUUCUCCCAGUUCUCCCUCUGCACGUUUUCCCCAAUGUCUUGAUGCCACCCCCACCCCACCCCCCAGUCUCAAACCCUCUAUCACACAGCUAUAUAUUCUUGCUGGAUGUUUUAUUCACCAAUGUAACGCGAAAGGCCAAGGAAUGAUUUCUGGGGGAUUAGUGGAAAGGGCAUAGAAGGUUAGAAAAGUCAGCUCAAACAAAAGCUCGGAUUACCUGAGGGGCAAAGGAGAUGGGGGUCGAAGUGAUGAAUCGUCCUACCACACUAACAUCUGGCUGGGUAGACCAAAUGCAUAGAGAAGAGUCACUUGAUUACACGUAUAUUAUUUAGUUAAAUUUGUGAAAAUUAUGAGAUGCUCACAAAUCCGGUGAUAAACUCCCUCCCUCGCCAUUGGCUGGGGCGGUCACAUGGCCCCCUAACUUUAUUCAGUUGACAGCAAGUAGGAGGGUCCUAUGGAAGGAGAAAAAAAGACAACACGAGAAAAAUUAGUAUUUUCUACCUUCAGAAAUUAAUGGCCAUGAGUUCGUAUAUGGUGAACUCUAAGUAUGUGGACCCCAAAUUUCCUCCUUGUGAGGAAUAUUUGCAGAAUAGCUACCUAGCCGAGCAGAGCUCAGACUAUUAUAGUGGCUCUCAGGGUUCGGAUUUCCAGCAUCAGGGAGUCUACCCACGGUCAAACUACAGCGAGCAGCCCUUCAGCUGUAGCAAUGCCCAAGGCUCUACGGUGCCUCCGCGGGGUCAUGGACAGGAGCCAUCCGGCCCGGCGAGCCUCUACCCGGGCCAAGGGGAGCAUUGUCCCCAGCCUCCAAUCCCUAGUUCCCGGGCCUGCAGCCAGCUGGCCAACCUCAAGCAACCUCCCAACGGGACGGCCCUCAAACAGCCCGCUGUGGUGUACCCCUGGAUGAAGAAAGUGCAUGUAAAUUCCGUGAAUCCUAAUUACACCGGAGGGGAGCCCAAGAGGUCCAGAACAGCCUACACAAGGCAGCAAGUCCUAGAACUGGAAAAGGAAUUCCAUUUUAACAGGUAUCUGACGAGGCGUCGUCGGAUCGAAAUAGCCCACACUCUCUGUCUCUCUGAACGCCAGAUCAAGAUCUGGUUUCAGAACCGUAGGAUGAAAUGGAAAAAAGACCACAAGCUGCCCAAUACGAAGGGCAGGUCUUCCUCGGCCGUCUCGAACCAGCAUUUACAGCCCGUGUCCAAGGACCAUCACAGUGACUUGACGACUUUAUAGAGGAGGUGAAAUCUCCCCCCCUCCCCCUCCAUCCAAUCUCUCCCAUCCCUUCCCCCAGUUUCAUCCUUUGCUUCUGAACUGUGCUGUGUGUAGAACUGACAUGAUCCAAACACAACCUGCAUGGAGCAGGCAAAGCCUCCCCAGGCUGUCAGCUUGCUUUAAGGUGCUUGUGCUGUACAAAGCGGACUCGCUGAGGGUACUUCAGAGUUUCUUGGCAUUCUUCAUACUAGCACAACCCCCAGACUCUCCAGGCAGGAAGUGGAAAGUUUAGGGAAAAUUAUAGAAAGAUAUAUAAUUAUAUAUGUGUGUGUGAAUGUAUGUAUAUAUAAUUAUAUAUCGAAGGAGCUACUGAGUAUAAAAAUCUGACGAGUCAUUAAACACAAAUGAAAAUUUCAUCUUUUCGGUUUUCAAUUUUAAAGUGAAGGUUUGAUUCUGUGCCAGUAUCAGUCUUGAUAUUCUGUCUACCCUCAUCCCCCACCUCAUGCAGUUUCGGGUUUAUGGAAUGUAGAAGAGUUCAGGGCAGAGGACUGUCUAGCUGGUUACAGGAUUUGUGAACUUCCUGGGUCUUCUAUCUUGUGGCUGUGUGAUUUAAAGCCCCCGCUCAUGUUCAGAAACCCCCAAAGAAAUACCUAGGAAAGAAGUGGAAACGGGUUAUUUUAUUUUCAGAUUGUGUUUACAUAUUUAUUUAUUUGUCGAUUAGAGGAGCGCACACACAUUAACACGCAUUAAGCCAAAAAUUCUUAUCAGGGGGAGCUGAAGCUCAAGGCUCCCUCUUAUGGAAAAUCAUAGAGAAGAUAGUAGGGCUUAGAUUUCUCAACUUUGUCCGGCAUUUAGGAUUCUCUUCCUCCCCACCCCCACUCCCACCUCUAUCCCCCAGUAUGGGAGAAAUGCCCUAACCUUUUGAGAGAGAGAGAGAGAGAGAGAGAGAGAGAGAGAGAGAGAGAGAGAGAGAGAGAGAGAGAGAGAGAGAGAGAGAGA